CCACCUUUCCCUCACAGUGUACCUGGACCCCUACCCAUCAUGGCGGCGCGUGGCAUGGUCAGCGGACUGCUCCAUGGUGGGUCUGGCGUACAGCUCUGGGGCAGUGGAGGUGUUCAAUACUCUAGGCACCUCCAUCUUCACCAUCUACCCUCCUAGGUAUAAGGAGGGGGCGCCACAGGUAGACACCAGCUGUGCCCUCGCUGCCCUGGUGUUCUCUGACGUAAGGACGCAGAAGAUUAAGUGGGCUGCUGAACUACUGCUGGUGGACUACAAGGGGCAAGUCCGCAGCUACUUGGUGUCCCCUACUGAAGGUUACCAGGAGAGCCACCACUUCUCCCUCACCAAAGUGUAUCCCUCAGGCAUCUCCGCCGCCACUCUCUACAGGGACUUCCUUCUGGUGGCGGGGUCUUGCUCCUUCAUGAACGACACUACCCUGAAGAGGAACGGCCUGGGCCACGGCAUCACCCUCUGGAGGAUGCUGAACGACUACCCCUUCUACAAGCAGGUGGCCACUAUUGAUGAGGAGGAGUACCUGCCGCCCAGCGUAGGGGUGUGGGAGCAUGUCAUGACGCGCUGGUCGCCGCCGCACCACGACUGCAUCUUCCAGCUCAGCGUGUCCCCGUCCAGCCGUCACCUGGCCGCCCUGCACACCUCCGGCAGCCUGUCCAUCUGGGAGUUGCCGUCUCUCAGAAAGAAGAAGUUUUGGCAGCUCCCAGAUCAGCCCGACCACGACGCCAGGAACCCGUCCUUUGGGGAGUACAUUCGUCCCCCUGGCAGACAGAAGCCCGGCGUGGUGUGUGGGCCACCCAGAUGCCACCCGGCGGAGCUCAGCUGGUGGUCUGAGGCGGCGGUGAUUGUGGCACGCUACUCCGGCAGUGUCACCGUCAGCUCCGUCACCUCCCUCAGGAACCUGCUGGGGGAGUCGCCUGAGUUCCUGGAAGGUGUGCCGCAGAUCAGUGAAGCACAUGAGAGAGCCUUCCUGAGCCUGGAGGUGGAGCAGCGUGGCCUCAACAAGCGCCUCCUGAACAGCUUUUCGGAGACCAUGGAGGGGGAGGAGCAACAGCAGCAGCAGCAGGAAGAGGAGGAAUACCCUGACUCAGAGGAGGAUGAGGAAGAUGAGGAGGCGUCAUUGCUACGAAAGUCAAGUAGAUUAGCCCGGAGUGUGCUGUUCUGGGUCACUGAUGCUGAAAGGUUCCGUCCCCACAGCAGGCGGCCGAGGGUGGUGCAGAGGACCUACCGCCUGCUGUGUCUCAAGAGCACCACACCCGAGGAGCUAUUUUCACGCAAGAUUGAGAACGAGGAGUAUGGGGAGGCGCUGGCACUGGCUCGGAGCUAUGGGCUGGACUGUGACAGGGUGUACCAGCAGCAAUGGCGUCGCAGUUCCGUCACUGUGGCCUCCAUUCAAGACUACCUGGCCAAAAUACGCAAGAGGUCAUGGGUGUUGGCUGAGUGUCUGAGCAGGGUGCCGGAGGACAUUGAUGCCACCAAGGAGCUGCUGCUGUAUGGUCUGCGGGGCACCGAUCUGGAGGCUAUCAUUGCUAUAGGAGAAGGGAAGGACGAAGGGGAGUUUAUCGUGUGUAGCAGUGAGGACCUGGACUUAGAGGAGGGGCUGGAUGUUCCCCAAGCAGAGUACCAAGUCAGGAUGCAGGAACGGGCGGCCAAGGAGCUCAAAAGACGUCACCAGCUGCUGUCUAAGGUGAACUUUUCCAGCCUCACUCAGGAGCAGAAGACAGUGAUCUUAGCCAGACAGAAGCUGCUCACCUACCUAGACAGACUGGCCACGUAUGAGGUUCUCCUAGGUGGCGCUCAUUUGGCCCCCGAACACUAUGACGCAGGUUUCUAUGACAAGUUCCGCAGCCAGUCCGCCAUCUCUGCCACUGUGGAGUUUGCCCGGGAUGGAGACUGUGGGGGUGUGGAUGUGAUGUUUACCUACCAUGGGGAGGAAACGCUGCCUCAUCGACUUGCUGUGCUCUCCAACUUCCCUCCCACUCUCGGCCCUUAUGAGUAUAGGUCUCUGCUGCCGGAGUGCAAGGGAGACAAGGUGUUUGACUGGGAGCAGGAGAGACUCAGGGACGAGGAUUGGUGUGAGGAGCCAGCCUGCAGGGAGGCGGUGAUGCAGGACAAUACAGACCCUGCAGACUUCCUAUAUGAGGAACGGCCGACCCUGAACAAGUUCUAUGGGGAGGAUGUGGAUGGGGCGCUGGUGUCAGAGUGGUACCAGGAGCGGGCCAGGGAGGUGGAGCGCUGCAGCCACUUUGUCGAUGUGGCCCUGGACUUACUGAAGCUUGGCCGGGAGAGGGGUGUGGAGGACCUGGAGGAGCUUCUCGAUGCACUGGACUCCCUGGAGGUGAUGGUGUAUGAGGUGGGCCUGUCCUCCAUCACUCUCGACAAGUUCAUCAGCAUGUCCGAUGAUGAAAAAGUGGCCCAGCUUAUGUCCACAAGCACUCCUGAGACGUACAUCCAGAACAUCCGUCGCUGGCUGCUUCCCUUCCUGGCGCGGUGUGAGAAGGGACAGUCGGGAAGUGCCAGUAGUCUUCUCAAAGCAUACAUGGUGACUACUGCAAAGACUGACCUCUCGCUGCCUCUCAAAAUACUGCAGCACUCAAGGCCAGACCAGCCCAGUGCCAUCAUACAGUCAGCAGAGGACAUGAUGGGCGUGGCGGUGGAGUGUGUGUACGCCUGUGAGAGAGAGACGCAGCUGCCCUGGGCCAUCGCUUGUCUGGAGUGCUUGCCGGAGAGGGAGUCAGGGAGUUCUGAGUCCCUAUCAAGGCUGCACGACCUGGCUGACGCACUGGAGGCCCAUCUCAACGCGGCAGAGCUCCUCAGUGCGUAUGGGGUGAAUGUUACGCCACGCCACCUCAAGGAAAUACAGGGGGAUGUGGAUCAGGUCGGCGAUGUGCUCACUAAAGUCACCAGAACAGCUGCUAAGAGGAAGCCCCGCAUGGGUGACGAGGAGUGGCGGCGCCUGCUGUACGACACCCUAGAGCUGCAGCAGAAGGUGUUUGCCUGUGUGGAGCCCCAAGUGUGCCUGCAGAAGGUGAUCGAGGCACUGCUUGGCUCAGAACAACCGGAGAACAUCAGGCUGGCAGGGGAGCUGAUGGAGACAAGAGCAGACCACUCGCCCGUCAGCAACCCGUACCUCCAGCAGCUGCCCUUCUCCCGCGCCGUGCAGCUUGUCACCGAGGCCGCCACAUACUACUACAACUCCUCGGAAAGCCACACUGACCACGCCAUUGACUUAGCGAUGCAGUGUCUCAACCUUAUAGAGUCGGAACAUGAGGACAUCCAGAGAGAGAGGGACCUGAUAGCCGCCUUGCAGAUCCUUCCUGACUUCGGCAUCAACAAACUUCCACUGCAAGUGAGGUUAUGUGAAGACCGCCUGACACUGGUGGGGGAGUGCAUGGCGGGACGAAGCACAGCCUACCGCCACAGCUCCCUCCUGCAGCAUCUGGCGGGCCUUCUGCGUGUGUGUGGCGAGGACCAGCGUGCCCGCCAAGCCAAGGUCCUCACUCUCAUUGCACAGGCUGCCCUAAAGGCUGGCGACUACACAGCGGCAGCAGGGGCGUGUGACCAACUGGUGGGCGGCGAGCAUGAGGAGGGAUGGGUGGUGUGUGAGGCGCUGGGACGGGCGGAUCGUUUCUCAGAUUUGCACGCCCGCGGGAGGUACCUUGACUUCGCCCUCACCCACGCCUCCCCUGACAGGCUAGAGGACCUGCUGGUUGCCCGGAACGAGGUGGAGCUGGCCGUGCUGUACAGGAAAGUGAACAAGCAGAUAGAGCAGCAAGACACCACUGGAGACUCCGAAGAGGCUUUUGUAGACGCGCCUGACGAGAUGGAAGAAGAAGAGGAAGAGGAAGAGGAAGAGUUUUACGAUGGGAGUGAGGAGGUGGAGGGAGGUGGGAGGAGGAGGAGCAUUCUGAGAGGCACCCUGGGAGUCACCAAGUCAGUUCUGAGUGUCACCGCCUCCACCACCACCCAUCUUGUCUCCACUGUCGCAUCCAAGCGUUUCUGGAAGACCGCUAUGAAUUGGAUGCAGCCGCUGGUGGAGGUGUCCCUGGGUGAGGAGCAGCACCCUGUGGACCCCGAGCAGGAGACCAACACAGACUUCCAGAAACAGGGAUGCCACGCCUUCUAUGCCGACCUUUUCCAGGAGCCCCACAUCAGCAGCCUGGGCAUCAGCUACCAGAGUUAUGCACCACCCAGCCUCAGCAGUCCGGCUCUGGAGUUCUCGUUGACCCUCCUCCGCAUUGCCCUUCUGGAGGAGACCUUCUCUUUGGGCACCACUAGCAAGGCCAACAAGACAGUGUUGGUGGAGGCGGCUCGGGGUGUGCUAAAGGAGGACCUGGCCAUGGGUCUGCUGCUGCUGCUGUCACUGCGGGAGGUGGAGGAGGCGAGGGCAGUGCUGGCGGCUCUCCCACGUACCGAUGUGUCCUUGCAGGUGACACAGUACUACGCCGCCCUGCAGCUGUACACCCGCCUGCACCCCUGGACACAGCCCGGCAUUGCCCCGGCCUUCCUGCACCCGCCCCAGGACAUCAUUGCAGCGGCAGCGGCGGCGGUUGACUCUGGCACCACUGCUAAACUGGGCCAGGAAGCAGAGCCCUUGGUGGAGUUGUUCAGGGCCACCCAGGCCCUGGUGGAGGACUACAUGCAGGGCCAGGCCUUGCGGCGCCUCGGGGCCGGCGUGGACAUGGCCCGCUUCCUGGCCGAUGCUGGGUACAAGGAGGACACCGUGCUGGGCCUGGCCCUCACGCUGGAGGCCGAGGUGCUGGAGCUGGCUGUGGCACUGGCCAGGAAGUACCAGGUGUCUCUUUGGGAGGUGAACAUGGCCCACCUCCAGCACCUCUUCUCUUCCGGCCUGGGGACAGAGGAGGUGCGGCAGAGGGUGGCCCAACUGGACUUGGUGGCCACCCUCUCCGGCCAGCCCGACGACUUCACCGCACGGAUGGAGGAGACCGUCCUGCCAGCCAUUGAUGGGAAGGACCUGGACAGGCUGCUGCUGUACUACACACUGCUGGAGUCAUCAACACAGGCCGCCUCACAUGUCACACUCCUCAAGAAGCUGAAGGGUGCUGCGAAUGGCCUGGACUACAAGCUGCUGCUACAGCCGGACUCUGACCCGCUGGAGACGCUGCGGCCGGUGCUGACAGCCGGGAAUGUGGCAGCACUAGCCAAGGCGGUGCGGGGCGUGCCAGGGCGAGGCGGGGCAGGGCUGGAGCCUAGCACAGUGUAUUGUGCCUGGGCACAGAAAUACUUCUUUGAUCUGCCCAAGGAACACAAGCUGAAGACUGCCAGUGAUUGGGUGCACAGGUAUGAGGCAUGUGGGGAGUACCUGCAGAAGAUGUCAGCUCAGGACACCCUUAAGUUCCUGCGGCAGCUUGUCCUCUCAGACACUGCCACCACGAAGGUUCCUCUGGAGGCGAGAGCUGAGAUGACAAGGAGGGCACUCAAGUUUUGUCGACAGCAGCAGAGUAAACAAAAGUUGGCAGAGGAUGGGCGGGUGUGGGAGGCGGCGGCGGAGACACUGGAGCAAUGGGGAGGGCACCUGGACUUACUGCGCUGCUCCACCUUCCUCAACCUGCAGCAGAGUGACGACCCACGGCUCAGGGACUAUGCCAGGAGGUUUGCCCAGACAGGAGGCGAUGAGAAGGAGCUGCAGUGCGUGGCGUGUGCAGUACUGCUGGAGGGCGGGGAGCUGGACCUACUUCGGGAGGUGUUAGCAGUGUUCCCUGCAGCGGCCACCACCCCUGAGGACAUCAUGAUGCAGACCCUGAAGCAACUCCUGGGGCAGUGGAGAACAGGGGCCCACCAGAACUUACCUGAAGGGAGGAGCCAGGUGAGUGUGCUGGACCACCUCCUCCUGCAGAUGCACCUUUACCUGGAGGAUGGUGGGGAGCUGCUGGUAGAGGAGGAUGUGCUGGAGGAGGUGAGGGAGCUGUGUGGGGACGAGGAGGUGGCUCUGGAGGCACGGGUGGAGGUCCUGACGGUGGCUGAGAAGCACUUUCCCUUGAGCGAGGAGGACGUGCAGCUGGUGAGGGUGAUGAGGACAGGCGUGGUGGCUGGGGCUUGGCCAGGGGAGGUGGUGGUGCCUGACCAGCUGGCUACAAGUGAGUCUCGGGCUGCUCUCUUGACAUCCCUCACUGCCUCCACCUCUUCUGCAGCUCAGGCAAAGGCUCUUGUGCACCUCCUCAACCUCUGGCCACCCUUUGAUCAACAGGAGUACAGCAGCGCAGCAACCAACCCAUGGCUGGCAGCGCUGAACAAGGUGGUGGAGGUGACCCAGGAUGACUCGGCCGGCCUGGAGGUGGUGUGGGAGGCAGCGCAGCAAGCUCAUUCUCUCGGCCAGCUGUCAGGGGAGUGCCUGGCGGGGCUGGUGGCAUCGCUGCAGGGGCUGGGGCGGGGCGGUCUUCGGUGCUGCUGCAAGGUGGCACUGCUGACUUCUGACCCUGAGGUGCACCGAGCUGUGAUAGAAGGUGUCACUGCACUGGAGGAGGUGACCAAGGCAGACUAUGAUGGGGAACUGCUGAAGGAGAUUGUGGCUCAAGGAUUGGUGAGCCCCCUGGUGUCCACCCCCCUGUAUGGACCCCUUGUGAACCCACCUGGUGGAGAGUGAAGACCCAGACGAAGUGGAGCAGGCCGUGGAGCAGCUUAGCGAGGCAGGACACCACCGAGAGGCAGCCAGCUUAGCCUGCCGCACCACCUCCCUGCCCAGGACACUGCUGACGGCUGCUGCUGCUCUGAAGACUUACAGGAGGUGGCUCUGAAGUGGUGGUGGUGGUGGUGGUGUAGGAUGAUGGUAUUUAUGUCUUGUUUAUUUCAUUUAUUUCUUUUUGGUGAAAGGUAAUAAAAGGAAGAAUGUUUGUUGAGGUGUUUGUUGUAAGGAAAAGGUUUAGAAGUGGUUUGUUUUGUUGUUUUGUUUUGUUUGUGUGUUUGUUUGUGUCUAUGUUGAUUUGUGUUUGUGCUUCUUUUUCUUAUUUUCUGUUUCCUUUCCAUAUUAUUUUCUUCCUUUUCUCUUUUUCUGUGUACUAUUUCUCCCUUGUCUCUUUCAUACCUCCUUUUCAUCUUAUUUUCUAUCUCAACCUCUUCUUUGCCCCACUGUAAACCUUCCCAGUGUAAUAUCUAUCUAUGGUGGUGUUGUGAUAGAGGCAAGUGGAGUGUGAUAAAGAGAUUAGAGUGCUGUUAAAAAGGCUGUCAAGUAGUAAUGGUGGUGGUGGUGGUGGUGGUGUGUGUAGCAAGAGAAGUAGGAUUGUGGGUUAUAAUUGAAUAGUUGGUAUCUAGAUUGUUAUUGUAGCUUGAUAGUGAAUGGGAAAAAUUAAAGGAAAGAAUGUUAUGCGUGUUAAUGAUGUUAGAGAAGUUGAUUGCAUUUAGAUUGUUAUUGUACUCUGUCUGUCUGUUUGUCUGUCUGUCUGUGUGUUUAUGAAUGGUGCUGGGAAAUUAAUGUGAUGAUAAAAGGAGAGAAAAAAAAAACUAUGUGAUUCUGUUAUUCUCUAGAGUGUGCUAGUGUAAGUCAGUGAAGUGUUUUGUCAGGUGUGAAUGCUAAAAGUGAUAAAAAGUGAUCAUGAAAUAUGACAAAUUUAUAUAUGGGAAUAAUUACAGAUAUUUUGGGUUAUAUUAGGUAAGGGAAGACAUUGAUUAAGAACCCUGUGUGCAAAAAUUAUAUAAAUCUUGGUUAUUAGAAGAUACAUGUAGCAGUAACUAGUAUAUAAGAUCAAUGGAGAUUUGAAACUUUUAUAUACAUGACUAAAUGUUAUUAUGUACUUAUAAGGUUAGAUCAAGAUUAGAUAGGUAGUCAGAUUUGUAUAUUCGUGUAAUUGGGUUUGUUUUGCUUUAUGAAGGAAUAUUAUUAAGUUUAAAUGGAAUAUGUACUAUGGUGUGAGUUUCCUAUAUUUAUUUUCACACGAGAUAUUGUGUGUGUGUGUGUGUGUGUGUGUGUGUGUGUGUGUGUGUGUGUGUGUGUGUGUGUGUUAUACCUAUCAUCCUAUAACAAAGAUAGUUUUCUGAAAGCCUUAUAAUUGUUUAAAAAGAAAGAAACCAUUAGCCCCUUUGAAUAAGGCAAGCCAGAUGACACACACAGGCAGCAUUACAAGGGUGCUGCCUCUCCUGCCAAGAAUUUACUGUGAGCCAGAGGAGGAGUGGCAGUGUUGUCAGUGUUGUGGAGUGUUGCUGGCAAGGUGGAGUGCACAGAACAUUCCUCUCUGUGUGUUUCAGUUCAGGUAGGUCAUGCUACAGUGUAUUUAGUUCUUUAUUUUUCUUUUUUUAUGUACUUAUUAUUUUUUUUUUUUAGAGUAGUUUAUAAAUUGUUUUCUACUUUAAUUUUCUUAUCCAUUUUUUUUUUAUUAUGUUUCUACUCUUAUGUAUUUCCUUAUAUUUCCUUCCUCUUUUACUGCCUUUCUUGUAUAUUAGGUUAGUUAUAUAAGAUUUCUGCUUAUUUUUCACUUGUUUAUUCCAUUUUUUUAGUUUAUUUUUGUUUUAUUUAUUUUCUUGUAUUUCUUUUCUCCUUUACUGUCUAAUUCUUUGUAUAUUGAAUUAGUUAUAUACAUUUUUUCUUCUUUAUUUUUCUUAUUUUAGAUUUUUCUUUAUUUAUUUUCUUGUAUAUCUUUUUCUUUGUUUUUUAUUUUCUUAUUUUCUCAUAUUUUUGUUUUUACUCCUCAGUGUGUUUGCUCAGUUAUCAUAUCAUCGCUUAUAAUGAAUUUCUUCUCUUCAUCUUUUACCUUCUUUCCUUGUGAUAGGUUAGGGAUUUUUUUAUUCAUUAUUUUGUUUAUUCGCUUGAUUAUAGUAAUAUGUUUUAAAAUUAUUUCUUUCCAUCCUUUUUCCUCUUCUUUUGUAUGUUAGGUUAGUUUUUAUAUCUUUCUAUUUUUUGUCGUGUGUUAAUUCAAGUUUGCAUAAUUCUAUAUAUUAGUACCUUUUUUCAUUUUUAUUUUUGCUCCUUUUUUACAGUGUCAGUUAUAAUUUUCCUUUUUUUUUUUCGUUUUUUCUAUGUUAGAGACCAGUCAUCAUAUUUUGUAAUCCAUAUAUUUACAAUUGAUUUAUUCUGUGUUAUUUUCUCUAUUGAAUCAGGUAUAAAAUAGAACUCUUAUUAUUGUUGUUGUUAUUUUUUAUGUACUUUGUGUGUUGGGUCUGCUGUAACAUUUUGCAAUUUUUUACUCUUUUCUUUAUAAUUAGUUGUAACUUGAAAUUCUCUCUCUCUCUCUCUCUCUCUCUCUCUCUCUCUCUCUCUCUCUCUCUCUCUGAAGCAAUAUGUGUGUAAUUCUUCUUGGAUCACUCUUAGUUUAAUUCACCUGUGACUGAAACGACCUAAUUGUAACAUAUACCUGAAUAGACGAGGUCUUUUCCAUA